AAUUAGAGACGCUGUUGUUUCGCGAGGUUUUAUUGUCAUUUUCCGAAAUUAUAAAUUCAUAAUUCUUUUCUUUGCCUUGUUUUUCAUACGUAGCAACGUAAUCACAAAGAAAUGAUGUAUUGGCACAAUCAUUGAGAAAUGAAAAUUUUAUCACCGUAACGUUUAGCGGGUUCGUGUGGAUCUGUUAAAAAAACGGACGUCUCCGCUGAAUCGUGAACAACGCUCCGUUGGCAGCAGUGGCACCUAACCUGUCAGAAGUAGCUGAUCACAACCGUGAUCAGUUUUUGGGCACAUUAAGAUACAAGAUUUUAGGUUCGUGGAUCUGUCGUGUUUGUCACCACGGACAGCAAAGAAAUAAUAAGCAGAGGUAGUGAAAAUUUCCCAUCGAUGUGUAUGUAGAGUGGAGUAGCGGUGAUCGUUAAAGGUGGCCACCAGAUUUUCACGAGAACUCCCUUGUCCAACCCUGCCUGUUAUGCGGUGGUGAACGUCGACAGAAAUUAUUGUAGGAAGUAGUAACAGUGACGCUCACUCGACAAGCGUAUAGAAAUAGGAUGUCAGGGUAUAGAGGCAGCGGAGGAACUGGGAGUCAUUACGGAGGCUCCUCAGGCCUCAGACAAAUAGAUUUAGAUCAAAUCUGGGGAGAUCUCCGUGAGGGUAUUGAGCAAGUUUAUAACAGACAAUGUAUGUCUAAACCAAGAUAUAUAGAAUUAUACACACAUGUAUAUGAUUAUUGUACAAGUGUUCAUCAACAAGUGAAUAGACCAUCAACUAAAAGCAAGAAAGGACAAAUUUCUCAAGGAGGUGCACAGUUAGUUGGUUUGGAAUUAUAUAAACGUUUACGUGACUUUCUUACAAAUUAUCUCACUAGUUUAUUAAAGCACGGUGUAGAUUUGAUGGACGAAGAUGUACUGCAAUUCUAUACAAGGCAAUGGGAAGAGUAUCAAUUCAGUAGCAAAGUUUUACACGGUGUCUGUGCGUAUCUCAAUCGCCACUGGGUACGUAGAGAAAGUGAUGAGGGACGAAAGAAGGUUUAUGAAAUUUAUCAACUGGCUUUAGUUACAUGGAGAGAAAAUUUAUUUAUGCAUUUAAAUAAACAAGUUACAAAUGCAGUGCUUAAGUUGAUAGAACGAGAACGCAAUGGAGAAACAAUAAAUACACGCUUGGUCAGUGGAGUAAUUAAUUGUUACGUAGAAUUGGGUUUGAACGAGGAAGGGCAUAAUUUGAAUGUUUAUAAAGAUUCCUUUGAAAAUAUGUUUCUUGAAGAUACGGAAAGGUUUUACACUCGUGAAAGUUCAGAAUUCCUCAGGCAGAAUCCAGUAACAGAAUACAUGAAGAAGGUAGAACAAAGGCUAUUAGAAGAACGAAAACGGGUUCAUGUCUACUUGCAUCAAACAACUUGUGAAAAAUUGGCAAAAACCUGUGAAAAAGUGUUAAUUGAAAAGCAUUUAGACAUAUUUCACUCAGAAUUUCAAAAUCUUUUAAACGCUGACAAAAAUGUGGAUUUAGGUCGAAUGUAUCAACUGGCAACAAGAAUACCUAAUGCUCUUGGUGAACUACGAAGUCAUUUAGAAAGUCAUAUAGCAAAUCAAGGUCUUGCAGCUAUUGAUAAAUGCGGCGAAGCUGCGUCUAAUGAUCCAAAGGUUUAUGUGAAUACAACUUUAGAGAUUCAUAAGAAGUAUAAUGCUUUAGUACUUGUUGCAUUUAAUAAUGACAGUGGUUUUGUGGCAGCUCUUGAUAAGGCUUGUGGAAGAUUUAUUAAUAAUAAUUCAGUAACUAGAACAGCAAAUAGUAGUAGUAAAUCGCCAGAGUUACUAGCAAAAUAUUGUGAUCUAUUGUUGAAAAAAAGUAGUAAAAAUCCCGAGGAAGCAGAACUUGAAGAUACACUUAAUCAAGUUAUGGUAGUAUUUAAAUAUAUCGAAGACAAGGAUGUAUUUCAAAAAUUCUAUAGCAAAAUGCUGGCAAAACGUUUGGUACAACAUAUGUCGGCCAGUGAUGAUGCAGAGGCUUCUAUGAUCUCGAAAUUGAAACAAGCUUGCGGUUUUGAGUACACCUCAAAAUUACAACGAAUGUUUCAGGAUAUUGGCGUGUCCAAGGAUCUAAACGAGCAAUUUAAAAGACACUUGACAAACUCGGCUGAACCAUUGGACAUAGAUUUCAGUAUACAAGUGUUAUCUUCUGGCUCAUGGCCGUUUUUACAAACUUUUACUUUCUCAUUACCAACUGAGCUAGAACGAUCUGUACAUAGGUUUACCACUUUCUAUAGUUCUCAGCAUAGUGGAAGGAAGUUAAGUUGGUUAUACAAUAUGUCUAAAGGAGAAUUACACACAAAUUGUUUUAAAAAUAGAUACACCUUACAAGCAUCUACCUUUCAAAUGGCUAUUUUAUUACAAUUUAACGGAUCCACAGUAUGGACAAUACAACAAUUGCAUGAUGCAACGCAAAUAAAAAUGGACUUUUUGUUCCAAGUCAUACAAAUACUCUUGAAAUCUAAACUGUUAACAUCGACUACAGACGAUGAAACUGAAUUGACUCCAAUGUCAACAGUGGAACUUUUCACGGGAUAUAAAAACAAGAAACUAAGAGUAAAUAUUAAUAUACCAAUGAAAACGGAAUUGAAAAUCGAACAAGAAACGACGCAUAAACAUAUAGAGGAAGAUAGAAAACUUCUGAUACAAGCGGCGAUUGUUAGGAUUAUGAAAAUGAGAAAAGUCUCAAAGCAUCAGCAACUGGUGGCUGAAGUAUUGAAUCAGUUAAGCUCUAGGUUCAAGCCAAGAGUACAUAUUAUUAAGAAAUGUAUAGAUAUUUUAAUUGAAAAAGAAUAUCUGGAGCGCACAGAGGGUCAAAAGGACACUUACAGCUACCUGGCAUGAUCAAGUUGAUCUAGGACAACGAUACAGCAGCAACCAUAUACGCAAAAGAAAGAUGACUCUCCACUCUCAUUGCUACAUACUGUCACAAUAUUUAUUUAAGUCUCAUAUUUUGAAACUCGUAUAUUUUCCUUGUACAUGGAUGCCCUUGUACCAUGUUGUCCCUCUGGUCGCAUUUAGAGUGGUUUUUAUAAUAUGUUAAUAAAAUUAUUUCAUAGUCAAGCUGCUAGGUGUGUUACUGUCUGUGCCGCCUUUGACAUAAGUUACUUGAAAGAAAAUUUAUCGACGCGAGUCUUUAGAUGCAAUAGUAAAAGCAACGUUCUCAAAGUUAAAACUCUAAUAAAAAUGGGGAAAAAUAAGGGAUUAAUCGCAACAGGGAUAAAAUAUAAAAAUAUAUUCUGUGAAUAGAAUACGAAUAAUGAAAAAAGUUCAGGGUACAUUGUAAGUCAUGUAAUUCAAAAAGAAUGAAAAAUGAUUUAAAAAAGAGAAACGUAAUUUCAGCUAUUUGUAUUAUAGAAUAUAAAACACGUCAUAAAUUCGAAUAAGCACAUAGAUAGUAAUGCAUUUUAGCAAUUGUGAAGUCUCGUUAGUAAUCACGUGUAUAAGGAACAAAAUUUUGUACCAGUGAAUAAACCAAACUGCCCUAGCAAUGUAAGAAUUGAGUUGUUCUUUUGUUCAGAGCAGUCUCAAUUUAAAAUGAAUUCAUCGAAUGGCUGGCAGACCGUAAAAAGCAUACAAUUUUUGAGUCGUUAUGGAAAGAUUAUAAAAAAAAAAUUGACUAAGAAAUAUUAAUUGUAUUAAUUGUAUACAUUGUAUCUAAAGCUUAGAGAGCUCGUUUCUGCUGUUAAGCGAAAAUAACGUUUAAAAUAUGAGACUAACGAAUUCUCCUUGUUGAUGCUAGACGUGUCAAAUACUUGAGGCAAAUUAUUCAAAUGGUUUCUUCAGAGUUAUAUCUUUUAGUAAUUAGAACGCAUUAAAUAUUCACAGUGCAAUAUAAAGUAAAAAGAAAAUUUGUGGUAUGCUAUAAUUUUGAGUGCAGGCACAUACAGUGGCUUAAAUUUAACUUCACUAACUGAACGAUCGUUGUUAAUAUAUUAUUGCCACUAAUGUUAAAAAUGAUAUAGUAAACCACAGUAUAUAAAAAUAUAUAAAUUUAAUGCUUACAAAUAUUACCAUGAUUUCGGAGUUGAGUGAUGGAACUCAACAUGUAAAAAGUCUGAGAAGUGCGAGUUUCGAACUGAAAGUCACUGUAAUUAAAACCGAAAAUUACAUUACAACAUAUUUGAGGGUGAGUAAUAUCUUUAUAUUUAAUUAUAAAAAAGAAAAUAUUAACUUAAUGUAUUUUAUUAAAUAAAAAGUAGCACGAAUUCGAACGAUGAAGUAUUAAAUUGUUCAAAGUAGGUUGUGCAGGAUGCAUUGAGCCGAAGGAUGCGAGCAUACAUCGUCUUUAUUCACUUUUUUAUGAUGUUUGACAUCGUUUAAUUAAUUCCAUGUGAAAAUUUCUAGAUUCGAUUACUCUUGUAGGUUUAGAAAACAUACGACGAUACAUUAUUUAAGCUAGAGCAUACAAAAUUCUCCACUGCCAGAAUUAAGAUUUGUAAAAUCUAUGCGUAACGUAAUUGAAAAUAACAUCGAUGUUUUCUGGAAUGUCUGAACACUUUAAUUUACAAUAUUAGUCCCACUUACGUGUACCGUAUACGGAUAAAAUCGUAACGAUCAUUUUACAUAUGCUAGCUAUGGAACAUACUAAUAUUUCGAAUUUCUGUACAUAUGGCUAAAAUUCAUUGUUGUCAAUUUUUAUUCCUCAUGCACAAAAUAGGACUUAUGUGUAAAUAAGUUGAAAGGGUCAUUUAAUAUUGUCUAAAGUAGAAAGUUUGAAUUUACUACAGUUGCAAUGGAAAUCGAUCGUGCAUCUCCAUGCAAUUUUGAUCAAUUUAUUCUUAAAUGAUACGAAAUGAAAAUUAAAAUAGAAUUUAAUCGGAAUGCAUGAUUUCCAUGGUAACCAUAAACCCACCUUUUAUAUUUUGCUUUGGAAUCUUUUGUUAUAGGUCCCAUUAACUUAUCAAGUAUGAUCACUAUUUUGUAUAGCGCAAUCGAAUAAUUGCUACGAUUAUGCAGUAAUUGAAAAAAUAUAUUUAUUUCGAGUGAGAAAAUAAAUUAAAAACGAAAGUAAAAAUUCUAGUAUAAAACCUUAAGUUAAUGAUCAGACUUUUAAAAUUCAUAAAACUCUGAUAAGUAAUUUACAAAGUAAGAAUACAUAAAUCUUUUUUUCUGUGACGAGUAUUGUUAAGAAACACGUUGUAAAAUAAAAUUGUAUCAUACUUGUGGCUAUGAAAUGGAAUUAUUCCAUCUUUCACAGUGUAUAAAUUGUAGCAGUCAUUCAAUAAAUGUUUUAUAUA